CGCUUCCGGGAGCACCCACAGGCCAGGGCCGCGGCGGAAGCGGCCCGCCGGGGCGGGGCGAGGCAGAGCUGGCAGCUAUGGCGGCGGGUGGCUCGGAGGAGCAGCCACAGCGGCGACUCUCGGCGCUCUUGGUGUACCGCCAGGCGGCAGGGGCCCAAGCGCCGGGGCCUCAGCGGUUGGAGCGGCGGCGGAGGCGCCGCCGAGGGACGCCACUGCCCGCGGGCGGAAAGAGAGCAAAGGUGCGAGCAAAGGCGCGAUCGAGAAGCGAUGGAACGAGAACCGGCGGCCCGGAGCCGCAGGCCCCGCUGCAGUCACCGCCGAGCGCCACCGCGCCUCUCGGCCGCGUGGAGCGUGCUGAGGCCCGGCUGAGGCGCGGCCCGGAGCGGGAGGCUCCGCCGCAGUCAUUGCCGACCGCCGCUGCUCUCCCGGGCCACGUGGAGCGGGCUAAGGAGGCGGCCGGAAGCCCUAAAGCGAAGAGUCGUGACGGCCCCGCCGCGAUCCCGGGCGGCCUCCGGCCGGCGGUACCAAGCGGCGGCGUGGUGGGCCUGCUACGGCAGCUGGGGCGGCUGGAAGACAGCCGGCAGCGGGCGGCCGAGCUGUUCUGGUGGCUGGUGGCUCCGGUGCCGCCGGGUGAGUUCCUGGAGCGGCACUGGGAGCGGGAACCACUCCUAGUGCAGCGGGGCAAGCCUGGCUACUACGCGGGUCUCUUCUCCACGGCCGACUUCGACGCUGCCCUGCGAGACAGCGAGGUGCACUUCGGAACGCACCUGGACGUGACCAGCUACGCCGAGGGGGUGCGGGAGACGCACAACCCCUCCGGUCGGGCCCUGCCCGCCGUCGUCUGGGACUUCUACCAGAAUGGUUGUUCUCUGCGGCUCCUCUGCCCCCAGGCCUUCUCCCCUACCGUCUGGCACUUCCUCUCCAUCCUGCAGGAGCACUUCGGCAGCAUGGUGGGGGCCAACACAUACCUUACGCCACCAGGUACUCAGGGCUUUGCGCCCCACUACGAUGACAUCGAGGCCUUCGUGCUGCAGCUAGAGGGGAAGAAGCACUGGCGUGUCUACAGACCCCGGACAGACACCGAGGUACUGCCCCAAUUCUCUAGCGCAAACCUCACACAGGCUGAGGUCGGCGAGCCGGUGCUGGAGACAGUGCUGGAGGCUGGAGACUUGUUGUACUUUCCCCGUGGCUUUAUCCAUCAGGGAAACUGUCUCCCUGAUGUGCACUCACUCCAUAUCACAGUGUCCUCGUACCAGAGGAACUCUUGGGGAGAUCUCCUGGAGAAGCUCCUCCCAGCUGCCCUGCAGAUGGCUUUGGAGGAGGAUGUGGAAUAUCGGCAAGGGCUUCCCAUGGACUACCUAAGGUACAUGGGGGUCACCAACUCGGACACAGUCGAUGCUCGCCGAACAGCGUUUUUGGAGAAGGUGCAGAGCCUGAUAAAGAAACUCGUUAACUAUGCACCCAUUGAUGCUGCUGUGGAUCAGAGAGCCAAGUCAUUCCUUCACGACUGUCUUCCUCCGGUCCUUACGCAGAGUGAGAAGUCACUGAGUGUGUAUGGCUUCCCAGCCCGGUGGCAAGAUGGAGGCCCCCGCAAUGUCAAUAUACCGAUAACAAAGGACACAGAGGUGCGUCUCCUCCGCCAUGGCAUUGUUAGAUUGUGUAAUGAAGAAGCAGGUAUGAUGCUUUAUUACACGACAGAAAAUUCCAGAGUGUAUCACAAGGAAGAGCCCAAGUUCUUUGAGAUAGAUCCCGAGUAUACAGACAGUAUAGAGCUUCUCCUGUCUUCCUAUCCGAACCAUGUACGUGUGGAUACCCUUCCAUGUGAAACCCUGGAGAACAAGAUUUCUCUAGCCAUGCUCCUGUUUGAGAAGGGCAUUCUGACCACAAAAAAGUCCCUGGUGCAAUUAUAAUUCUUACUUUUUAACAAAAUAAAUAAUCAUUUUUUAAAAGA